GGAACACAUGCGAUUGGCAGUCUAUGCUCCAGCAAAGUGGUCCGUGAACGAUUAACUCUAGAAGCGACGGUUCAGGAAUUUGGAUACCCCCCACCCAAUACCACUACCGCCACCUCUUCCUCCUCCUAUGUAUAUAUACCACAAAUCCCUGAUGUAGCUGAGGUAAUUUGCCUCGGGCUUGGGAGUAUAAAUCAGCCCUAGAAAUCAGCCUUCUUAAGUGUGCUGCAGCCUCGCCAGUCGCCCGAUGGGUCAGAGUUAAAUCGCGGUGUGGACUUCGACUCUGCGGACGGGACGGACCGGCAGCUCACACGUCAGUCAGCGCGGCGCGGCUCGGCGCAGUGCAGUGUAGCCCCGAGUGAAGUGGCCAGGCUCCUGGCGGGCAGACUGGCCCCACGUUUGUCGGGUACUGGGAUUACCUAGAAGCCCUCGAACGGGCUGUUCUGGCAAGCGGUAAUGGCCGGAGUGUUUGACAUCGACUUGGAGACGGAAGAGCUGAGCGACACAGACGAGGCGGACCUGAAUGGGGAUGAAGUCUGUGACUUCACAGGGCUGGAUUCCAAUUUAGAUGGACCAUGUGAGGAGAUCGAGAUAUCAUCGGAUAAUGUGAACCAGGGUCCAGAGCGGGUGGGCGCCGAGUGCUUCGAGCUCCUGCGUGUAUUGGGCAAGGGUGGCUAUGGGAAGGUAUUCCAGGUAAGGAAGGUGCAGGGGAUGCACUCUGGCAAGAUCUUCGCCAUGAAAGUCCUCCGAAAGGCCAAGAUUGUCUGCAAUGCAAAGGACACUGCCCACACCAAGGCAGAACGCAACAUCUUGGAAGCUGUGAAGCACCCAUUCAUCGUAGACCUAAUGUAUGCCUUCCAGACCGGUGGGAAGCUGUAUCUUAUUCUGGAGUGCCUUAGUGGAGGAGAACUGUUCAUGCAGCUGGAAAGAGAAGGAAUCUUCAUGGAAGACAUGGCCAGUUUCUACCUUGGAGAAAUCACUCUGGCCUUGGGACAUUUGCAUUCAAAUGGGAUCAUCUAUCGGGACCUGAAGCCUGAGAAUAUUAUGCUGAACCAGUAUGGUCACAUUAAGCUAACAGACUUCGGACUUUGUAAGGAGUCGAUUCAUGACGGCGCAGUCACUCAUACGUUCUGCGGGACCAUUGAGUACAUGGCUCCAGAGAUCUUGACGCGGAGUGGUCACAAUCGUGCUGUUGACUGGUGGAGCCUAGGGGCCCUCAUGUAUGACAUGUUGACCGGCUCGCCCCCAUUUACAGCAGAGAACAGGAAGAAGACCAUCGACAAGAUCCUCAAGUGUAAGCUGAUUCUGCCUCCAUAUCUGACUCAGGAUGCCAGGGACCUGUUGAAAAAGCUGCUUAAAAAAAGCCCAUCCCAGAGACUCGGCUCAGGACCAGGGGACUGUCUUGAUAUACAGAAACAUCCAUUCUUCCGGCACACCAAUUGGGAGGAUCUGUUAACGCGGAAAGUGGAGCCUCCAUAUAGACCAUGCCUGCAAUCCGAUGAAGAUGUCAGCCAGUUUGACACGCGGUUUACCCGGCAGACACCGGUGGACAGUCCGGACGAUUCGGCCCUCAGUGAGAGUGCUGACCAGGUGUUUGUGGGUUUCACCUACGUUGCUCCUUCAGUUUUGGAGAGCCUCAAGGAAGGUUUUUCUUUCGAGCCCAAGCUUCGCUCCCCUCGUCGACUCAACAGCAGCCCCCGCACCCCAGUCAGCCCGGUCAAGUUCACCCUGAGUGAACCUUUCAAAGUCAGCGCUGAACCCGUGGAGAAGAUGGACACCAGUGCCUCACAGCCUAUCCGGACACCCGGACGAUCGAAAAAGAAGGGUGGCAAGGGUGGCAAAUAAGUGGGAGGAGAAAUGGAUCACUUGAAUGUACUUCUAGGACUGUGCAGUGGAGGAGGGUGGACACCACUUAAACCUCUGUCCUCUCCCCAACACGUCUCCUCCCUCCUCCAGUGCCAAGUAGCAGACAUUUCUGCACAAAUAAAUGUAACAUGGAAGCCUUCCUUACCCAUCUGCUGUUGGGUUUAAAAAUGUCUUUUAUUUGCUGGGACUCACCAGUUGAAAAUCAGCUGCCAGAGUUUGGGAAGUGAGUGACCGUGGUGUCCACCCAGAUUUAGAAUGAACUGUCUGUCUGCAGAGGAGCCUUCUCAAUAGGGUUCACUCACUAUUAGGGCUUCACUGUUCAUCAAUCAGGGAAGUCUCGCAUUUGAAGCGGUUCACCAGAAGGAUUUAAAUUAUCUUCUUUUUUAAUUCUGCCCAUUGACCAGAGUCACCCUUACAACAACACUGAGGGCCUAAACCAGCCUGUCACUAAACCAGAUAUUCACUGAUUACAAGAACCCUCCUACUUUUAUAUGGCAUCCCAUCUACCAGAAGGACUUCAUUGCCACAAUUCACUGACCAGGUUGACUUCCAUGGCAGGUCUCACUGACCAGAAGGGUUUUACUGCUGCUCAUUAUCCAGAGGAACUUGUCCACUUGGUUUCAAAGAUCAAGAGAACAGAUUCCCCUGCUUUACUAGCCAGAGGGGCUCUCACCCAAGGAUUCAUGGAGCAGAAUGACCCAUUGACUAGAAGGAGUGACCCAGCUGUUCCAACACUGUAACCCAAUGACCAGAACAACUUUAAUCAUACCAUUUACACACCAAAGGAUCUCACAGUGUAGGACUUGCUGGCCAGAAGGGCUCACAUGUUAGGUACUCACUGACCAGAAGGAUGUUAAUAAUAUUUGCAUGAUGGAAGAACUUUUACAGAAGGACUGAUGAACCGGAUCACUGAUGUGGGAGACUCCCAUAAUCGGUGCCCACUGUUCAGAAGGACUAUAAUCCUACUUUCACUGACUGCAGAAACUCUCGCUGCAGAAGAACUAACCCAAAUGUUCCAUGGCCCGAGUUACUCCCACACUAUCACUCAAUGACCAGAAAAACUUUCAUAAUUCUCUCUGCUGAGCUGUCAUAGCAAGUUUUACUGACCAGAGGGACUUGCACACAGGAAUUAACUGACCAGGAGUUUUUCACUUUGCUCUUCACUGACUGCAAGAACCUUCGUUGAGGUUAGAAGGACGUUCUCAAACUUAAUGAUCAGAGAGAACUCCCACAUCAGUACUUAAUGACUAGAAGGGUCAACGCAAUACCACAACCUCUGCUGAGACUCUCCCACAGCCACUGACUACUAGAACUGUAAUGCCACCACUUACCAGAAGGACACUCUUGCCAGUACUCCUCUAACUCGGCAGCUCAAAGACUGGAGGAUCAAUGGCUGAGAGACCUUGUGAUUUCUUUAGCUUUAAGAGCCCAGUGAUGUAAAUGAGAAUGGCCUGGUGAUAUUCGGCUGCCCCGUGUCACUAAAUAUCUCUCUGCCUUUCUGUCCAAAGCCUACUGAGAAGUCACAGCAUGGUCGAAGUCCGUCUUCCGAGCAGGAAUCUGCCGAGUUGUGCCUUGUUCCUGCAUUGAGCUUUGCCGGCUCCUUUCCCCGUGUGCCUUAUGCAAAGCUCUUCCCUUUCGGAAGAAAUUUACAAUUUUGAUGAUGAACUUCAAGUGUGGUCCAGCAAAUGGGGCAGACAAGUCGGACUUGUGUUUAGACAGAAAGGCAGCCCUCGCUGUCCAUGGACUCUGCUGUGGUGCUCUGGCAGUCUCCUCCUCCGCUUCACCUGAGCUGCACACUUCUUAUGAUGAAGCUAAUUCUUAGCUGGUCUUGUCGCCCAAUAAAAUCAAUAUUUAUAACCUGAA